AUGCUGGGAGGGAGAAUGGAGUCAAUGCUGGGAGGGAGAAUGGAGUCACUGCUGGGGGGGGGGAAUGGAGUCACUGCUGGGAGGGGUAGAAUCAACUACCUUGGGCGAAAUCUCCCCAUUGUGGGAGGGGCAGAGACACGGAUUACUGCAGGAAAUCUCACCAUUGUGGGAGGGGCAGAGACACAAACUACUGCAGGAAAUCUCACCAUUGUGGGAGGGGCAGAGACACAAACUACUGCGGGAAAUCUCACCAUUGUGGGAGGGGCAGAGACACAAACUACUGCAGGAAAUCUCACCAUUUUGGGAGGGGCAGAGACACAAACUACUGCAGGAAAUCUUCCCAUUGUGGGAGGGGCAGAGACACAAACUACUGCGGGAAAUCUCACCAUUGUGGGAGGGGCAGAGACACAAACUACUGCGGGAAAUCUCACCAUUGUGGGAGGGGCAGAGACACAAACUACUGGGGGAAAUCUCAUUAUUGUGGGAGGAGCAGAGACACAAACUAUUGCAGGAAAUCUCCCCAUUGUGGGAGGGGCAGAGACACAAACUACUGCAGGAAAUCUCCCCAUUGUGGGAGGGGCAGAGACACAAACUACUGAAGGAAAUCUCACCAUUGUG